AUGACAUCUGCGAGCCCUGACUCGCCGCCCGCCGUGGCUGGCGCGCAGCCCGAGGUCUCGUCGACGGAUGCCAAGGCUGAGCUAAACGGUUCGGCGCACAACGAUGAGCUCGCCGCAACUCCAGGGCUUAAGAAGACCACAUCGCCUCCUGCUGUUAAUGGUCACGGAAGUGAGGGCGACGAGAAGGUCAACGGCAAGCGCGAAACGCUGGACGAAAACCAGCAGUCGGGCGAUAAGGAUACUGUGAUGGAGCGCAGCGAGGGCGCCCCGGACCAACCCAAAGAGACUCCCGCGCCCACCAAUACCGACAGUCCCAAGGAUGUCGAGAUGGAAGACACAAAGGACAAUGGUACAAACGAUAGCGCUGCCGCCGAUUCCCCAGCGGCCGUUGAAGACAAAUCAGAGGUCAAAUCGGAGGAUGUCGCGGAUGCCAAUGUGAAAGAGACGGAUAGCACUACUGCCGAAGCCCCAAAAGCUGACGAUGCCCCGAAAACUGCCGAGUCUAACGUUCCCAUUGAAACGCCUGCUUCCUCGAAUGAUACGCACGCAGGACUGACCAAGGCUGAGUCUGAUCUCCAAUCGGUCAGUGUCUCGCAACUCAACAUCGAUGCGCACGAGGCCGAAUCAUCCCCUGUCCAGCCCUCUGUUGAGGUGUCCAUGUCGGACGCACCGCCUGCUGUCAAGGUGGCGCGUGAGCGCGAAGAGGACCACACAGAGGAGCCCGCGUCGAAACGAGCAAAGACUGAGCCGAAAGAAGACGAGGCGGGCGCAGAGGCACCUGCAUCCGCAACACCGGCCACAACCACGCCUGCCCCUGCGCAAACUGAUGCCGGCCCGGUUGCGAUACGACCCAGCGACGGACUCGACCUUCCAUUGGCGACUCUGCCACAUUGGAAUGACAAAGCUUGGCUGUCCAGGAAGCUCGAGUCCCAUCAGCUGAGGGGUGUGCGCAAGUCUCUGGCGCGUGUCAAGAAAACGAAGAAUGGUAAUAACUUUCGCGAUUCGGUUGAGCGCCUUUGGCCUGGGCUUUGGAGCAAGUACUUGGCCCUUGUUGAGAAGCCUAUGGAUCUUUCAGAGAUUGACCGCAGCCUGCGCGACGGCCAGUGCACGACAUUUGCUGAAGUUCGCAAUUCCCUCCAGCUUCUGCUUGAGAACUCGCGCGCCUUCAACGGCCCUGAUCACUACAUGACCGUCGCUGCGAAGGGUGCCAUUCAAUCAGUGUGGGAUGACAUGAUGAUGAUUCCCGACGAAGAACCUCAAAAGUCGAAAUCAGCUCCGAAAGCGAACCGGAUGAGAGAAUCGCGCAGCUCCCUGACGAAGGAUGAAGCCGAUGGCAUCGCCGACGCUCAGGCGAAGACGGCUGACACGCCCAAGCACGUCGCCACCGCCGUCCCCCCACGAAGGGCGUCUUCCAACAUUGAUGCAGACCGCCCAAAACGUACCGUUCGCCCACCAAAGCCCAAGGAAAUCGACUACGGCUCCAAGCAGUCACGCCGCAAGUUGAAGCCUGAGCUGCAGUUCAGCGACGAAGUGCUGUCGGAACUCAUGAGCCCCAAGUAUCACACCCUGAAUCAGUGGUUCAUGGAGCCUGUGGAUGCCGAGGGGCUUGGCAUUCCGCACUACUAUUCCAUCAUUACGCACCCCAUGGAUUUGGGGAAAAUCCAGCGUAUGAUUCACGAGGGCGAAAUUCACAAUACUAAGGAGUUCGACAAGAACGUCCGCUUGGUCUUCAGCAACUGCUACAAGUUCAAUGGCCCGCCAGUUCCAGGCAGUGUUUCGGCUCUCGCCAAGCAGCUGGAGGAUAUCUACACUGCGCAGAUGAAGAACAAGGAUGCCUGGAUGGCCAAGCAGGCAAAGGCUGCCGCUCCUCCACCUUCCAACUCCGCCGCUAGUGACGAGGAGGACGAAGAUGAAGAUGACGAUGCUGGUGUCGAAGACUCUGGCGCCGUCGCGAGCAUCACCAGGGAGAUCAAGGAUCUUGACGCCCGGCUGCGGGAGGAGAUGGCCAAGCAAGCCAACCUCUUCCAAGCUGACGACCCCAACCAAACCAUGAUUGCUGUUCAGGGCCAGGUGGUCACCAUGGUGCAGCAAGCGCUGUUGGAAGCCAAGCGCAAGCUGAAUGAGGCUAAGCAGAAGGGCGGCAGCGGCAAGGCCAAGAAGGCCAAAGCACCUAAGGGGAAGGGUGCGGGAGGUGCCGCGUCUCGCAAGUCGGGAGGCCCGGCUGCCACUAAGAAGGCCUCCGGGGCCAAUCCUAAGAAGAAGAAGAACCUAUCAGCAGCCGACAAGGACAGCAUCGCCAACGCUAUUAACGACCUUGAGGGCUCACACCUUGACAAAGCUAUCGACAUCAUCAAACGCGACACUGGUCAGAUGGAGAGCGAAGAUGGUGAGCUUGAGCUGGACAUUGACCAGCUCAGCACCGAAGCAUUGUUGAAACUUUGGGAGUUGUGCAAGCGAGUUCUGCCCGGUUUCGGCAAAGAUCCAGUUCAUCACCCACCCUCGUCGCCAGAGGCUGCUCGCCCGGCGGUUGCAGCGGCGUCAACUGGAUCGGCCAAGGGAGCCCCGAAACCCAAGAAGAACAAGCCCAUGACAGCUUCUGAGCAAGAGCGACGUAUUGCGGACUUGCGCAAGGUCGAGGCCCUGUACAAGGAAGGAGGCGACGCGGCGGAAUUGGCUCGCGCUCAAAACUCCCUCAACGACCACAUGGCGAUGGAUCAAGACGAGUCCAGCGAUGACUCCUCUGAAGAGGAGUGA